GCUCGGCAACCCCACCGCCCGACGCCCCCCGUUCUCCGCUGGAUCCGAACCUCCUCCGCCGCGACCGACGCAAGAGCUUGAAUCCAGUUGAAGGAAAAGGUCAGGCAACACCAUGGCAUCUCGAUUUUGGGGACAGGGAGACAGUGACUCCGAGGAGGAGGUUGACGACAUUGAGUCGGAGCAAGGGAGCGAUGACGAGAAGUCGGAAGCCGGCGACGGGGCACGCGAUGGGAACAAGAACCGUUACUUGAGCAAAUAUACGCAAGACAGUGACGAGUCUGAUACUGAGAGCCAUCGCGUGAUUCGCUCCUUGAAGGACAAGCGCAAUGACGAGAUGAAAGCUACUGCUGACCAGAUGCGCAAUGCAAUGAAGAUUAAUGACUGGCUUAGCUUGCAAGAGAGUUUUGACAAGCUCAACAAGCAGCUCGAGAAAGUGGUUCGUGUCAAUGAGUCUGCGAAAAUUCCAAAUGGGUAUAUCACGACCCUUGUAUUGCUGGAGGACUUCCUGGCAGAGGCUCUUGCAAACAAGGAAGCCAAGAAGAAGAUGAGCAGCAGCAACGCCAGGGCGUUAAAUGCCAUGAAACAAAAGCUUAAGAAGAACAACAAGCAGUAUGAAGACCUGAUCCUCAAGUGCAGGGAGAAUCCAGCGAGUUUUGAAGAUGUUGUAGAUGAGAAGAACGUGGAUGAUUCUGAUGAUGAUGAUGAUGAUGGCAGUGGUGAAGAUCUUGUGGAUCCUGAUAAAAUGGAUGGGUCUGAAUCAGAUGAAUCUGGAAAGGAAAACGAUGAAGGUGAAGAAGGGGGUGGCUGGGAAAAGAAGUUGAGCAAGAAAGAUAAGGUCAUGGACAAGCAGUUCUUGAAAGACCCUAGUGAAAUAACAUGGGAUAUAGUUGAUAAUAAGCUCAAGGAGAUUGUGGCGUCGAGGGGUAAAAAAGGCACUGGGAGAGUUGAGCGUGUGGAGCAGCUAACCUUUUUGACCAAGGUGGCAAAAACGCCUGCUCAGAAGCUUGAAAUUCUUUUUCAUGUGAUCUCUGCCCAGUUUGAUGUCAACCCAAGCUUGCUUGGUCAUAUGCCAGUCCAUGUGUGGAAGAAGUGUGUUAAUAAUUUGCUUCUUGUGCUUGAUAUACUGCAACGAUAUCCUAAUAUUGUAGUGAACACCUCAGUAGAGCCUGAUGAGAAAGAAACUCAGAAAGGUGCUGACUACGAUGGAACAAUCCAUGUUACAGGUGACCUGGUUGCAUUCCUGGAGAGAAUCGAUUCCGAUUUUUUCAAGAGUUUACAGGGCAGUGAUCCAUAUACCAAGGAUUAUGUUCAGAGGCUUAGAGAUGAACCCUUGUUUCUGGUGCUUGCACAGAAUGUGCAAGAUUACCAGGAGAGGGUUGGGAAUCUUAAAGCCGCUGCGAAGGUUGCACUGCGUCGUGUUGAGCUAGUCUACUACAAACCUCAAGAGGUAUAUGAUGCAAUGAGAAAACUGGCUGAGCAAAAUGAGGUUAGCGUGGAGGAUGGAGAUUCUGAGGCUGGUGAGGAGCAUGAAGCAUCUGAUGACAGGGGACCAUCACCGUUUGUUGUAAUUCCAGAGGUUGUGCCUAGGAAACCUACUUUCCCAGAGAGUGGCAGAGCCUUGAUGGAUAGCUUGAUGUCUCUAAUUUACAAGUAUGGAGAUGAAAGGACGAAAGCCCGGGCAAUGCUGUGUCACAUAUAUCACUAUGCAAUCUCUGACGAAUUUUCAGUUGCUCGUGACUUGCUCUUAAUGAGUCGCUUACAAGAUGGGGUUCAACUUAUGGACAUCUUGUCACAGAUUUUAUUCAAUAGGGUCAUGGCCCAGCUCGGGUUAUGUGCUUUCAGGUCUGGUUUGAUAGCUGAAGCUCAUAGUUGCUUGUCUGAGUUAUAUUCUACUGGAAGGGUGAAAGAGUUACUUGCGCAAGGUGUCCAGUAUAGUCGAUACCACGAAAGAACUCCUGAACAGGAAAGACUUGAGAGGAGAAGGAUGAUGCCUUACCAUAUGCAUAUAAACCUUGAACUUUUGGAAGCCACACACUUGAUUUGUGCAAUGCUAAUUGAGGUGCCCUAUAUGGCUUCCACAACUUAUGACAAGCGGAGGCCUAUGAGCAAAACAUUCAGGAGGCUUCUUGAAAUGAGUGAGAGGCAGACUUUUGUUGGACCUCCAGAAACUGUGAGGGAUCAUGUAAUGGCUGCCACAAGGGCUCUCAACAAGGGUGACCAUGAAAAAGCAUUCAGUGUCAUUAGUUCUCUGGAUACCUGGAAACUUUUGAGGAACAAGGAGCACAUUCUUGAGAUGCUGGAGCUUAAAAUCAAGGAAGAAGCUCUUAGAACCUAUCUCUUUUCUUAUCCGUCUUGUUAUGAGUCCCUUGGCCUUGACCAGCUCACUACUAUGUUUGACCUUAGCGAGGCUCAAGCUCACAGCAUUGUUAGCAAGAUGAUGAUGCAUGAUGAGCUUCAUGCAAGCUGGGACCAGCCAACAAAGUGCAUAAUUUUCCAGAACGUGGAUCAAACUAGGCUGCAGGGACUAAUCUUCCAGAUGACAGAUAGGCUCUCUGUCCUUGUGGAAAGCAAUGAGAGGGCAUAUGAGGCUAGGACUGGUGGUGCCCUUGAGGGUGCACCACCGAGGCGCAGGGGUGGUGAUGGUCAAGACUCAUCCAAUUUGGGCAAGUGGCAGGAGAACUUUGUAUCGUCACAAGGGAGGCGUGGUGGUGGAAGGUUUGGUUACGCUGGCAGAACCGGAGGCUCUGGACAGGGUGGUGGGUACCAAAACGACAGGGGUGGCCAGGGUUCCCGUGGGGGAUAUGGUGGUGGUUCACGGUUCCAGGAUGGAAGGUCUCGCACGCAGACUGGUUCCUCAUCUAGAGGGGAUGGCAAUGCACGCAUGGUGAACCUGAACAGGCCGGGCAGAGUUUAGAAGUCUGAUAGAUUUGAGAUAAAUUUUGAGCAAGGUUGCUUUGAAUCACUCUUUCCUCAGCGUUCUAAACUUAGUCCAUUGUUUGCUCUAUUUCUUUGUAGCUUUUAUCAUAUAAACCUAUCAAGAAACUCGGACUAGUAGCUAUCUGGUUUGUAUCAUGGGAGUGAGGACUAAAUAUUCACUCCUAUAUUUGAUAUCAAGUUGUGACAAUUUUGAACCGUUACCUCCUUUUACAAGCUAUGUUGCUCAU